CUUCGUCUGACGUUCAUAUUUACUUCCAACCAUAAACCCUUGGAUGACCUCUACAGCAAUAUCAUGUCCAAGAUGCCCGACAAGAGAAAGCCUCCUUCCACGACCGGAAGCUCACCGUACGCGAAACGUACCCGCCCUUCAUACGCCGAACAUGACGACGGUGACGAUUUUCACAAGAACACACCCCAGCCCUAUGAACGACCCCGUAACGAUCCUGUGUACGGCCAGAAAAGUGCCUUUCCAGGCUUGGACGAUCCAGCAGGCGAUGAGCUGUUCUAUGGCCCAGCAGAAGAUGGGAUAGAGUAUCUUCGUAUGGUCCGGUCUGAAGCAAAUUCACUACCUUCUUUCUUCGCGGCAAAAACCUCCGUGAUGACACGUACCGACGAAGAACCGACUGCUUUUCAAGGACGGAAAGACGCCAAUAAUUACGCGCGAGGGAUAUACUCCGACGGUGUCUACGAUAACCUUACCUCCUCCACACAAGAAGCGUAUUACAAUCUCCUACGACACAGAUUCCUCCUUCUUCGAUCUACAUUACGCUGCGCGCCGCCGGCUUCGGCGAUCGCGGCCCUGGAUGACUCCCAUCCCAUAACUCUUCCACGGGGCUCCAGGUCCGCGCGCAAGGAAUGGCGACGGCUCCUUCUUUCAGUGGAUCCGCAGAUGGUACAACUAGCGUGUAUGGACAUGGAUACCGUUCUGAGCGUCUUGGGGAUCAUGGCGCGGCUGAUGUCCGAGAAUGUCCGUAGCGGGGAUGCGGAGAAGGUGAGACGGAUAAGUGCCUGGGCAUGGGGGCUACUGGGGAAAUGUCGGGAAGUGGGGCAGUUGGGGACUGAGGAGGUCGGGGAGAUCAGGGACUUAGGGAAGAGGGCUGCUAAGAUUCUGCUGAAGAUGAAGGAGGAUGAGGAUGAGAGGAGCAAGAUUGACUCUAUCGCGCCGGAUAAAGAGGAAGAAGAGUCAGUUUCGUCAUCCGAUGAUCAGGAACAGCCGCUGGAAGUUCGGGAUGGGGACAGUGCGGACGAUGAAAACGACAAUAUCCCGGAACCUAGCAAUAGCAUGAAUGCCAGAAACGCUGCUCAUGCAUCGGAUUACGAUAGUGAUAUGCCUGAUGCAGAACCAGAAACCGAACCUGAACGAAUACCCCCGUCAGAAGAGCUAGAUGCUGCCAAAGCCCGUCUUCAAGCGCAGCUACGAUUUAGUCACAGCCCAGAACAAGAACAGCAACAAAUAGAAACGGAUGUACCGGAGGACAAGGGCAGUCAGGACCUAGAUUUGGAAGCAGAGAGAGCCGCUCACGCUGCGGAUGUGGUCAAGCAAACCCGUGCCAUGCUUGACAUGAUCAUAACGGUUGUUGGUGAAUAUUAUGGGCAGCGGGAUCUCUUGGCUGCUCGGGAAAUAUGGGAGGUUUCAUUAUGACAUGCCAUGAUUCUUGCCGUGUAUCGGAAAGAGUUAUGGAGUUGUGUCUCGUUUUUGUUUAUUCGAGGUAUAGCAAGGGCGGAAGGACCAGGUAUAUCACGAUACCAUCCUGUUUUGUAUGAAUCCAUUGAUGAAAUACUAUGUAUAUUUCCCAUUAAGACUUUUUGAUAAGUGACGAUAGUUGCUCCGAUGAAGAUCUAUAAAGCUCAUUAGACAUGGUUGACGCAUCAGCUAAAUUAAAAAUUACGCAUGCUUUUGGCCAUGGUCAGACUGGGAAGUGUUUAAGAAAGACAGGAAAACAAUGCCAUUGUAGGCAUGUAUUGGUUUUCUCAAGGAAUCCGACCCAAUGCCAAGUGCUGAAUUGCUUGGGUCCUCUCCUCUACUGUCCGAGAUAGAACUGCGAUCUGAGCAGUGAGAUCCUUGAUCGCAUCAGUAGAUUCCUUCAGCUUCGAAGCACAGUCAGGGGCCGGUGCCGGCGGUCGAGGGUAAUCACUCGGUAGUCGCUUCCCUCCCUGCAAGAUCCAUGUUUUCUGAUCCCACCAAUCCAUCUCCUCCAUGAAACGCCUGCCAACCAAGUAUGACUCGUUUUGCCUGGUGAGUGAGUCGAGUGACGGUCCAGCUUUACUGUCAAAGAGCAAGAGAACGUUUCCGGCGGAGUCGGCACAUAAAGCACCUGUUUCUGGAAGGGGGCUCGAUCCAAGAUGCCUUUUCCAUUCGUCUCCCGUUGUUGGGGCCAUGCCUACUCCAAGGUCUAGCCACUUUGUGAUGACCAAAGCAGGGCCUUCGUCACCGCAGCUCCGAAUCUGUAGCUGAUAAUCGAUACCGCACAUGCGGCAUUUGAAGAUGGGUGAGGUAGUGUGUGAUUCUCUACCAUUGUGGUAUGCAUCUAAUUUCGAUCGAACGAAUUGGGAUAUAUUCGCGUCACGAAUGCUGAGAUGCGUGCAGAUCCAUAUAAAACCUAUCCCUGAAACGAAUUGGUCAGAGCUUGCAGUCUUCACCAAUGCCCAGUUUUGAAUGCGCAGACACAGGCUAUCGGAAAAGCAAGCCCGUGCCUCCACGGAUAACAAGGUAGUUAUGGAUCUCUCUUCGAAGAAUCGCACUUCAGAAUAGGAUAAUGACUCGGUAGAGAUGCCAUGCGCAGGGCCGUAAUAGUGUCUCUUCAUUGCAAGCUGCAAGUGAGUAAUGUUAAAGUCAUACAGGGAGUGCAUGGGAUGCACAUCAACCGAGCGCCAGAGGCUGGGUAGUUCAUUGUUUUCAAGAUGCCCGCGGAGACGCUCGGUGGGCUGAAAUGCUGGACCUGGAGGGCCAAUGUAAUCACACGGAUGAAGAACGGAGCAGGACUCGCAGAAGAAAUAAGAAGGGAGAUCCCGCUGCAGUUGUACCAGGAACUGCAUUCGUGUCUCGGAGUCGGGGAAUUCAAGACGGCCACGUCCAAGUACGUGGAGAAUGGUGCGGUUGCAAAGAGAGAAUGAAGCUGCAUCAACUGGUAGCAGGUAUUCUGUAAUCAUCUGCAUAAUCUCAGUUGGUAAGUCUGCAAAGGUGGAUUUCCUCGCCGCAUUGUCAGUACUGGGGCUCACGGAGCGCCGAUAAGGACUGUGAGGCAUUAUCCAUUAAGCAUAAGGGUAUAAUAUGAGAAAUAAAUCAGAUCUAUGACGCCCAUUUAGUUUCUGGUACGAUAGUAGAUGCAAUGAUGCCUUUAGAGAUGAAC